AUGCCAUCUAGAACAUUUCUAUCGUCAUCCUUUAGAGAUGAUGUUGAAUUCGUAAAGCCAAGCUGUCGUAGUCAUCCGGCUGAAGUGACUAUACAACACUGGCAAUUGCGUGAUCUUCUUAGCUGUGCGCGAUCUAGAGACGAGUUUACGUACGUAUGUGGUAAUAACGUAAUUUCGUAUAAUGUUACAACACAGCAGAGUUCUCCAUUGUUGAGUGAUUUGACAUUUAUUCCCACUUGCAUAGCUGUAGGUUCUGGGUACUUGGCUGUCGGUGGUCAGCGGGGUCAAGUAAUGAUGAAGCAUAUAGACGAUGAUUGGUGUCUCCCAAAAUCAGUCGGUGGCUCGAUAAACAACUCCAUUAGUAUCUCGGCUCAUCCAACAGGUACACGAAUGCUUAUCAGCAACAACGAUCAGACCAUAAAAGUAUAUUCAUUGCCAGCCAUGGAACAAAUCACUACUAUCAAAUUCCCAACUGCAAUUAACUAUGGUAAAGCACAAAUACAUGAAAGCUCCUCUGUUAGUCCGGAUGGUCGUAAGAUGGUCGCCGUGGGAGAUUCGAAUCAAGUGUUUUUAUUUGAUGUAUCGGCUAAUGGAGAUUACGAGAGAAUAGCUACUUACACAGCAACCUCGGAUGCGGGAUUUUCUUGCGCAUGGAACCAAUACUCGGGAAAAUUUGCGGUUGCUAAUCAAGAUGGUUACAUUAGCGUCUGGGAUAUACGACAUAGCGACAAACUAUGUAAAAUACCUACUAAACAAGACUCUCAGAUCAAGGGAGCUGCUCGAUCAGUGAAGUUCUCUCCCAGUGGAUCUGUUGAUCUUUUGAUGUUCAGUGAGCACGUAUCAUAUGUGCAUUUGGUCGAUGCGCGUACUUUCUGCGAAAGACAGGCUCUGCGUAUUGCACCUCAGCACUACGAUCAGCAUAUUUCUGGUAUUACAUUCACACCCGACAGCUCCCGGAUCUUUGUUGGGGUUGAGCAUUCUGUGUUGGAAUAUGAAGUUGACACGGUGUUGAGGAGAAGUUUUCCGGCAGGUUCUUUAAUCUAA